AACGACGUCAUAAUAGUGUAAUAUUAUUUUUCUAAUAGUUAAGUGGUUUACUGUUUUGUUAAGUGUUUACAUUUGAAAUGCAUUGUUGAGUUCAAGUCUUCCUGUUGAAUAGUCGUGUUUACAUGUUAUACAAUGACUCUUCUAUUAUGGCUUUCUUUCUGCUCUCUAUUCGGAGCUGCGUUGUCUUGCGACGCUUACAUCAAGACCAACCAAUGGCCAGGCCGCUCCGUCAUCGUACAAAUGUUCGAGUGGAAGUGGUUAGACAUAGCUGACGAGUGCGAGAGGUUCCUUGGACCCAAAGGUUACGGAGCCAUACAGACGUCACCAGCAUCAGAAAACAUGGUGAUAAGCCUAAACGGCAUAAGACCCUGGUACGAGCGAUACCAAGUGAUGUCGUAUAAACUGGAGACUCGUUCAGGAAACGAAGCUGACUUCUUGAACAUGACUACUAGAUGCAACAAAGUUGGUGUCAGAGUUUACGUAGACGUGGUAUUCAACCAUAUGACAGGUGGUGGUACACCCGAAACUGAUAGUCUUUCAUAUCCAGGAGUUCCAUAUACUGAAGCGAAUUUCCAUCACCCAGUGUGCGAUGUAAAUGAUUUUAAUAAUGGUACUGAGAUGAGGGUGUGCAGGUUGGUAGGACUUCAAGACUUAAAUCAAACAAUGCCGUAUGUCCGUCAGAAGAUAAUUGGGUACCUGAAUAAGCUUAUUGAUCUUGGUGUAGCUGGAAUCAGAGUGGAUGCAGCAAAACACAUGUGGCCAGCGGAUCUAAAAGAAAUUUACAAGUACCUCAACAAUUUGAACACGAAUUUUGGGUUCCGAAAGAAUUCGAGACCUUACAUUUACCAAGAGGUUGCAAAGGGUGGAGUAAUUACUUAUGAAGAAUACAAAGAUAUGGGAGAUGUUACGGAAUUUACUGCUGGAGACGAAUUAGCACAAAUAUUCACUGGUCGAAAACCAUUGAAGUCUCUAAAGUCUUGGGGUACUACAGCACUAGAUAUGAUGCCGAGUGAAAACGCCGUGGCUUUCGUUGACAAUCACGACACACAGCGAAGUGGCUUUAUAUUGACACAUAGAAAUGCUACACUAUACAAGGCAGCUGUAGCUUUUCUUCUAGCCCAUCCAUAUGGACAGCCUCGGAUUACCAGCAGUUAUUAUUUUACUAGUUUUGAAGAAGGACCUCCUGCUGAUAGUGAAGGAAAUAUUAUAUCUCCUAUUAUAAAUGAGGACGAACUAUGUGAUGGUGGUUGGGUAUGCGAACAUCGCUGGGGCCCCGUCUACAGAAUGGUGGCGUUCAGAAAUGAAGUAAUGAACACAGAAGUUAACUACUGGUGGGACAACGGUAACAACCAAGUUGCGUUCAGUUUGGGGGACAAAGGAUUCAUUGCUUUCAAUACUGAAGGGAGUGAGAUGAAUGCGGAGAUACAGACUGAACUUCCAUCUGGAACCUAUUGUGACAUUAUAUCAGGACAAAAAGAAGGAACAACUUGUACUGGAAGAAAUAUCACCGUAUCAACUACUGGGAAAGUACAAAUAACAUUAUCUGGAGCUGAAGAAGAUUUGUAUCUUGCUAUACAUGUUGGAAAAGAGUCGGCUCUUUAGAUGGUGAUAAGAAGCUAUGAUAUCCUGAAAUCGACAAAAUGCUAGCAGUAAAAGAAGACUCUAAUGUUAUUAAAUACGAUGAUAUUUCAAAAUUGUUAUUUAUCGACCUUUGUCUUAAUAUAUUUUGUAAAUAACGAUUGUUUUUU